GUUGAAGGUUUGGUGAAGUGAAAUGACUGUAGGGUAAAUAGAUCGUAGUUGCACACACACACACACACACACACACACACACACACACACACACACACACACACACACACACACACACACACACACACACACACACACAUAUGAAUUAGUUGCUGGCUUGUUUUAUUAAGUCUUACCCAUGUGAAGUAUAUAACUGUAAAAUCAAAAGAGUCGUACAAAAGAGUUUGAUGUUGUGCCUGAAUGGUUAAGAAAUAGUUCUGCCUUUAUUGCCUGCAGGUUAAAAUGAUAUAAUAAUGUAUUUUCGUAAAUUUUGAGAUACCACAUUUCCUAAUGGCUGUCUGUAGUUUCAAGUCUGAUAAAGAUUUUGUAAAGAUUGAAAAGGUGGAAGUCGACCAACAACCAGUUGAGGGUGGUAAGGUCUUCAAGUGUAACCAGUGUGGCAGAAACUUCAACAAGAAGAGCAGUAUUGUGUGUCAUAUGAGGCUUCAUACAGGGGAGAAGCCAUUUGCCUGUACACAGUGCAGUUCAAGGUUCACACAUAAAAGCUCACUGCUUCAUCAUUCUAGGCUACACACUGGUGAGAAGCCUUAUGAGUGUGAGAUAUGUCACAAGAAGUUUCGCCAAAGACCCAAUUACUCAUUGCAUAAGAUAACUCACAAUAAAGAAAAAUCGUUUGAAUGUGAAAUUUGUGGUAAGCAAUUUGCACAAAGAGUUCAUCUCACCACACAUAGGAGACUUCAUACUGGAGAAAAACCCUUUGUCUGUAAGGAAUGUAACAGGAAGUUCUCGCAGCAAUGCCACUUAACUCGACAUCAGAGAACCCAUAGUGGUGAUAAGGAACAUGAAUGUAAGGUAUGUGAGAAAAGGUUUUCCUGUAGUGCCUAUCUCAAGUCUCACCUGAAAAUACAUACAGUUGAGAAACCACAGAAAUCAAAGAAGAGAGACAAAAGUAACUUACAGAAAAGUGCCUUUUACAAUCCAGUGAAUGAUAAUGAAUUCAAUCAGGAUUCAUCAAACAGAAUUUCACUCAAACAAAAGAAACAGGGAAGCUUUGAGUGUGAGUUCUGCCACAAAAGAUGUAUCAAGAAGUCUCACCUAAAACAUCACAUUUUUGUCCACACAGGAGAGAAACCUUAUGAAUGUCAAAAGUGCAACAAGAAAUUUUCAGAGAAAGGCAGUCUGACCCGCCACAUGAAGGUUCAUGAUGGCACCCGUCCCCCACAUGGAAUGCUCUUGGGAAGCAACCUCAACGGGAAGGAUCUUUCCAAGUGUGAAAUAACACCAAAAGAAAUUGUUGGGAAAUUAGGAAAUACUGCUGAACCAUUCAUGGUAUGUGUAGGGACAGAUGAUCACACAGACUUUGUAGUGAGUUCAGACUUUGGGAAGAUAAUUUCUAUAUCACAAGGACCAAUUCCAGUGCCUGUAGAGGGAAGCAAAAUUCUUCCAUCCAUGUUACCUGACAAAACUUUUCCAGAAGUUGUAUUCAGAGAAGACACAAUGUAUCAGCAAUUCAACAAAGAUUCAAAGGUUGUCAGUAAUGUAACAUUGGGCCAUGAAGAAGUAACUGACAAUACCUUUCCAUCAAGGGUUGAACCUUUGAAACAGACUUCCAGAAUUCAAGUAGUUCAUUCAACAGGAAGGAAAGAAGUGGUGAACUUAAUUGAAUCCAAAGACAAUGUUAACUUUGCUGACACAUCAAGUAAGAUGGAUAGUGCAGGAAGACUAUCUAAACAAUGUCCUCAGGUGAGUAAACAUCCAUCCAGCAGUAAGUAUUAUGGAUACAAUGAACAAUGUGCAAAUGGACUUCUACCACUAAAGUAUUGUGAAGAAAGUAAGAGUCAACAUUUGUACAUCUGUACCUUUGUAGCCUCAAGUGAAUCUUUGCCACCAAAGAACUCUGUAGCUGCAAGUGAAUCUUUACCACCAGUGGAUACUUUACCUUCAGGUAGCUUUUCACCUACAGAAUAUGAACCUAUCCGUCCUCACUACAUCUCAGUACAGCCCCAAGCACUUCAUAAGCAGGAAGCUUUCAUGACACCUGCAGCAAAUGGAGGAACUAGAGAAGAUGGACAGGAAGUAACACAAGACAGUCAAACAUCCUGUGGAAGGUCAGCUGGUGAUGGGACAUCAUGCAGUGAGGUACCUGUAGCUGUAAGUGUCUUCCUGUAUGGCCAAGAGGUGAAGGAGGAGAAUGUCAGCUGUGAGGUUAACAUCAAGCAGGAGGUGGAUGUGGUAGAAGAGGCCCUUGACAGCCCCUGUUCCAUAUACCACUGACCAAGGCUAAGUCUCACAGUGACCAGUUACAAGGGCUAUAAACAUGUACUACACUACAGUACAGUACUGUACAUCCUUCAUGGUUUUAUAUCUGAUAUUUUGUAUUUGUAACUCUUGACACAUCUGACACAACACCCGUGACUUAUAGUAUUCAGUCCAAUUGGCAUCUCUUCCCUGUGUAACCUGAGACCUGUCUUAGCAAAUGGAAGAUUCAAGGACCAUCCUUAAAUUUCAUGGCCACAAAUUUGAAUCCUUGUUGUGGGCAAGUGGCAUAACAAUACACCAAGGUGUUAAUGGACACAGGUUCAUCUGAACUGGUUUAGGCUGAGGUGUUGCAUCAGCCAUGUGUCCAGAUCAUGUGGAUUUUAGUCUGCCAAGGGCUGCUGAACAUCCAGAAUACUGUACUAUACCUGCAUCCAUCAUUGUGACUGUAAGAUGUUGCACUAACUUUAUUUGACCCCAGUAAAAAUUUAUAUUAGUAACAUACCAUACUGUACAUUCCACCUUGGAUGUUUACUGGGCAUAUUUGUGAUGACUGUGGUGAUAUUCCUCUGUGGUAACAAGGUUAAUGUUUGUCAUCCUUGCUUCCGAUGUGAUAUGUGUCCUGCCUUGGUGAUUUUUUUCCUUGUGUACGUUGUUCAACAUUUUCAUCACUUGAAAUUGUUCUGCUUGAUGUCUUGGAACUUUCCUGUCUAUAUUAAUGCUUGUCUUCCACCAUCCUUCCAUAUUCAUUCCCUUCUUUCAGUUUUCUCUUGCCCAUAAUCCAUUCCUCACAACAGUGGUCGCGGAGUGAAGAUAAUAAAUAGAUAGAAUAGAUAUGGUUCACAAGAUGAUAUAUUUCAGGUGUGGAUAUUUUCAUAAUGGGAGGACGUGCAUUGCUCCAUGAAGUUUCCCUCAGCCACUGUAUUUUAUAUAUAUAUAUAUAUAUAUAUAUAUAUAUAUAUAUAUAUAUAUCUUG